GAUAAAGUAUUGGGGUUCUGUUGCCACUAUGGAAGUGGAACAGGGUGAGAAGCGGGUGGACAUCUUCAGGGACACAAUUGUAAGAUAUUUAGGUUACGCGAACGAGGUGGGCGAGGCGUUCAGGGCCCUGGUUCACGUGAAUGCAGUGCGCUUCAGCUACGCGGUCGCCUGCACCUACGUGACGGCAGACGCCGCGCACAAGGGCAACGAAGCUAGAAUCACAAACUGGCCGGACGAAUCUCUGCGGAACAAGAAAAUCCUACACGCUGUCCUCGACACCUUCCUCUGGCAGGGGUUGGCGUCCGUCGCCAUUCCGGGUUUUACCAUCAACCGAAUCUGCGCCGGGUCAGCGCUGAUCCUGCGCAAGACGACCGCGCUGCCACCUGGCGUGCGAAAGUGGACGACAACGUUCGUCGGUCUCGCGGCGAUCCCGUUCAUCAUACACCCGAUCGAUCGGACGGUCGACUACGGCAUGAAUCGCACGGUGCGGAGGUGGUACGAGAUCGGGCCGGUUGAGACGAAGGUCGUCCACCACACACGCGACUGCGAGACGCCAUCUGAGAUACUGCGGUCGACCGACGCGGAGUGAGCGACCUCUUGGGAUGGGGGGGGGGGAGUCGGGGGAGAACUACGUUUUGGACGAUUCGAGUGCCGCAUUUGUAUAUGUUAUUGUACGGAGUGAGUGACCUCGAAGGGGGGGGGUUAGAACUACAUUUUGGAAGUGUAGCGUCUGUGUAGGUUGUCUACGGUAAGCGUCCAUCGAACAGGCGGGUGUGCGCGAAAAUGUUUUUCGUGCGGAGUGAAAGACGUCGCUCUGCCCUCGGUGGAAGAACCGCGUUUUGGAUUGUUCGCAUAGGUAAUUAUGCAGUAAGCAGCUUGCAAAUUGGUAGCUCUACCGAUGUAGCCGCUUCCCUCCCACUACAUGGAGGGGAGGAGCUAUACCUGUAGAACUAGCAAGCGGGUGGACGUGCAUUACACGUUUUGUGCCGAACGCAAAAGGACAGUGUGAUCAAUGUGUUUGGGAAACGCUUGGAAUGGUUCGAGCAUCACGUGCGUUCAUGCGCAGAUUGUGGUACGAUGAACAUUUGGUAAAAUGGUGGAUGCACGCAAUGUGUCUAACCUUUAUUGUAUGGUCGGCAUGGCAACUAACGAAUUCAAAUGUUAAGCGAGUUUGCCUGUUAUUUUGUGUAGAAUGCAUAUUACAGGGCUUUUUUAUCCACGUAGUAAGGUAGAACGGUAGGCCUACGUGUUGUUUUGCUGUGAUGUGCCCGCACGUUUUUCGUUCCUCAGUGGUGCUGUUGUAUCCGUUUUAUACAUGUAUGUUAUAUUUACAUUAGUUAUACACCAGAUGGAUUUUGAUGCACUUACAGAAUUAGCAAUUGUUAUAGUAAUAGUUGUUGCGUUUUUCCCCAUUUUAGAUGGCUUUACUACAUUUUUUGUAUAGGCAACUACUUUGUUGUUGAAUUUCCAAGGCGCAUAAAUAUAUGUGAAUUUUCAUUCCACAGUCAUGUAGGUCAAGUUUAUUCUUAUCUCAUAGUAAUAAUUAUACAUGUGCCAAAAACAUAUCUUGCUUGUUUUGGGGGUGCUUGCUUGUUUUGGGGGGCCAGCUUGUUUUUGAAUACAAUUGUUACCUACGAGAAUUGUUAACAAAUAAAUUUCUUUAUCGAAAAAGUA